AUGUGGGUGGGGGUCCCCGGGCCGUGCGGCUGGCCCCAGGGACCCCAGCAGAGCACCCGUGCUCCUGGUUUGGAGCACCCCCUCCCCCAGGGCCUGCCCGUGGAGACCUUGGGCCCAGAAUCCAGGACGGACCCAGAACCCGAGAAAGCUCCCCAGGCCCCUCGGAGCCACUUCGAGGCAGCUGCUGAUGAACUAGCUGGGGCCGUGAACGGAGAAGAGACCCCCUUCCAGACUGAAAGUCCCCAGUGUGGUCCCGUUCUGCCAGAGAAGACCGAGGCCAAGGGUGUCCUGGAAGGUGACGGUUGUGCCACGAAGCCCCCCGGCCUGGGAGACGUGGUGGUCCAGAGAGACUUGGAGGAGGCCCCUGUGGUGGCAGGCCCAGAAGACACACAAGACACGCAGGACCUGGAGGGUCACAGCCCCCCACAGAGCCUGCCUUCAUCUCCCAACGCAGUGAAACCUCACCACUACCCCCGAGGACUCGGGGUCAAGUCAAGUGACUUGACCGAGAGAAAGAACUGGGGGGGGGAGGGCAAGCCGCAGGGGGCGGAGUGGGGCAGCAGGAAGGACGCCAGGCGGCAGGGCCCCGAGGAGCCCCCUAGGAGGAGUGGGAGCCCUCACCCCCCCGGGGGGCAGCAGCACCCUCAGCGGGAGGAGGGCGCUAGCGACGGGCGAGGCCACCCGGCACGGGCACCGGCACCGUGGGCCGAGCUGUUGAGGCGCAAGUACCGGGCCCCACAGGGCUGCUCCGGCGUGCGCGAGUGUGCCCGGCAGGAGGGCCUGGCCUUCGGGGCAGAGCUGGCCCCGGUGCGGCGACAGGAGCUGGCCUCUCUGCUGACCACUUACCUGGCGCGGCUGCCCUGGGCCGGGCAGCUGACCCAGGAGCUGCCGCUCUCGCCCGCUUACUUUGGGGAGGAUGGCAUCUUCCGCCAUGACCGCCUCCGCUUCCGGGACUUUGUGGAUGCCUUGGAGGACAGCCUGGAGGAGGUGGCGGUGAGACAGACGGGUGACGACGAUGAGGUGGAUGACUUUGAGGGCUUCAUCUUCAGCCACUUCUUUGGAGACAAAGCACUGAAGAAGAGGUCAGGGAAGAAGGACAGACACUUCCGGAGCCCGGGGAGGGGCUGAGGCCCGGGGUCCCCUGACCCCGGG